UCACUCUCCGUAGUUGCCCUGCUGUCUGUCAGUAAGUAGACUCUUGUCCUCUUGCUGUAGUUUGUCUUGAAAUGACACGCCAGUCCCCUGCCGGCCACGCGCCUCCUCGGGCACCAGCAGAACAUAAAGUGAGCCGCGCGCGCACCGGGCUCAGCAGUGAACCAUCCAGCGGCUGGUGAGAGGUGAGGUGUGUUGUGAGCGUCCGGUGAGAGGAGAAGAGAAAACAUGCAGCGGGUGUAACAUGAUCUGCGGGAACUGUGCGCACUUACCUGCGCUGGAAGUCUCUUUUCUCCGGGAGCGCAGGAGGUGAUGCGCCCUGCGGGACUCGGGUCGGGUCUGUUACUGGAGAGGAUGGCGGAGCAGUGGAGCCACAACACCACGUCCUCUUGGAACCGGUCCGCUACGGGUCAGGACCGGUUCAGCAGCCUGGAUGACAUCGACAUACCGGCGGACGGUUCCCCGACCCUGCGCAUCCUCAUCUCCAUCGUGUACUCCGUGGUGUGCGCUGCCGGGCUGGUCGGGAACCUGCUGGUGUUCUUCCUGAUGAAAGUGCGCCGGGGCAGGAAGAAACGCUCCAGCAUCAACCUGUUCAUCCUCAACCUGGCCGUGACGGACUUCCAGUUCGUCCUGACGUUGCCGUUCUGGGCGGUGGACACGGCUCUGGACUUCAGCUGGCCGUUUGGGAACGCCAUGUGCAAGAUCAUACUCUCCGUGACGGUUAUGAACAUGUACGCCAGCGUGUUUUUCCUCACUGCUAUGAGCGUCACCCGGUACUGGUCUGUGGCUUCGGCGCUGAAAGACCGGACCCGGCGGCGGAUGUGCCCGGUGCGCUGGGUGAUCGCUGGUCUCUGGGUCUCCGCCACGGUGGCCUCUCUGCCCACCGCUAUCUUCUCCACGGUGAAGAGCGUGGCCGGUGAGAGGCUGUGCCUGCUGGGCUUCCCGGACGGUCAGUCUUGGCUGGCGCUGUAUCACCUCCAGAAGAUCAUGGUGGCUUUCGUGUUCCCCAUGCUGAUCGUCACCGUCUGCUACCUGCUGCUGCUGCGCUUCGUGCGCCUGCGGAGCAUGAACAACAACCAGGUGAAGCGGAGGUCCAGAGUGACCCGGUCGGUCACCAUCGUCGUCCUCUCCUUCUUCAUCUGCUGGAUGCCCAACCACGCCAUCACCUUCUGGGGCGUCCUGGUGAAGUUCAACCUGGUCAACUGGGAUAAAAUGUACUACAUGGUGCACACUUACGUCCACCCUGUGACCGUGUGCCUGGCGCACACCAACAGCUGCCUGAACCCGGUGCUGUACUGCCUGAUGCGCCGGGAGUUCAGGAAGAAGAUGAAGGAUCUGUUCUGGAGGAUUUCCUCACCCACCGGGACGAACACCUGCCACCUGAGGCCGUUCUCCGGGACGGUGAGAGCGGAGCCGGACGACACGCAGAUUGUCAUCCCGCUGAAUACCGUGGAGACGGAAAACUGCCGCCUGUCUGUUCUAACGGACCACUGCGACACGGAGGCGCUUCAGAGAUAAACAGACUGUCAACUAAAAGACUGAAAGCCUCUGUAUGUGGAGAGAAACAUCUUUUUUUCUGACUGAUAAUCGGUAUUUUAAAUGAUUCCCUCGUGAAUGUUGGUGAUUUGUUUCAGCUUUUAAAACAUCUAGAAACACUAUAAAGACUGUGCCAAAUCCAACCAGCGCCAGUGUAUAAAAUAAAGGAGAGGACAAAACAUUCACACGUGGCCCAUAAUAUGUUUUUUCUUUGCAUCAAAGGAAUUUUUCUAACACUUUAUCACAAUUUAAAGGCGUGAAACAUGAAAGGAAAGGACAUAACACUUGUGCGUAAAUUGCGCGCCUCGCAGGACGCGCGGUGAGUCAAACCAUCCAGCUGCUUCACAUCACUGCGCUGAGUCCGGCUCGGAUCUCAAAUGAUUAAGUCGUGCUGAUGUUUUUGGAAAGCUGACUCUUUGAUUUUUUGUUUUCUUGAAUAUCAACUGAGUGCAGGCUCAGCGUCACAUCCAAUGCUGCUUCGUUCUCUAAAGUGCUCUCUGUGCAGACUUGUGUGGAGUCAGUCAUCGCGCUGCAGGAGAGGAGCCAGCUGUUACUGCUGCUGCUGCUGCUUCAAACAUCAUUCUGUGGAGUAUUAUUGACGUUUGUUGUGGCUGGUAUGUAAAAUGUACAAGCUUAAGUAAAUGAAUGUAAAAAAAAAAAAAAAAGCCAAAUUAACCUUAAAACUGUUUGGAGAAUAAACUAUUUCAUCUGUGUUGACAUGAAAUCAAGUGUUAGUGCUGUUUUAGGUUUUUUGUGCAGAUUCUGUAACGUGUCAGCAAGCUGUGAAGCUGUUCAGGGGUUGUUGUGAAGUCAGGUGUUUACAUGCCAGCGGUCUCAGGGCUGCAGUCCUGCUGUAAGGAUAAUACUAACAGAGAAGACUUUUAUUGGAGAAGAUGAAUGUAAAUGUUUAUUUUUAAACGGUUAAAGACACUUAUGAAACACACAGCAGAGCGCUUAAAGGGGCCUAUUUUUGGAAAUGUAAAUCCUCUGUUUCUUUACAGGUCAAAGAUGUUUAAAUGAGACAUUUUAAUGUUCAGUUCUGUUUGAAUUUUAAAGUACUUUAACACAAACAUACUCUUUUUUUUCAUGCACUUAGUUUCUAGAAAUGCAUCACAGCUGAGCUCCAUCCAGUCAGCAUUUGAAGUGGAAACCAUCCAAUCAGCAGGCGUACCUGUCAGCCAAUCAGGGCUCAGUGCUGUAAAAAGACUCAGUCUUUGAAUUCAUGUCAAAAAGUUACAAGAAAACGUUGUUCUUGUUUAUUGUUCAUAUCAUGAGCUUUAAUAUAUUUCCUCAGUUAAUCUUUUGGUUGAUUAAAAGUGAUUAAAGACGACGGUUAUAUUCUUAAAGCUAAAUUGAUGUUUGACCAACAGUCUAAAACACAAAUGUAUUCAGUUUACUGUCUCAGAAGAUGAAGAAAAACAGAAAAUUUUCGCAAUGCUGAAGCUGAAACUAAGAAAUGUUUGCUGUUUUUGCUUUAAAAAAUGACUUUAAAAAACAGAUUGUUUGAAUUGUUGCUUUCAAGCAAAUGAAAAGUUAUAUCUUCUAUCAGAAAUGUCUGGUUUUCUAUUAAAACACACUACAAAAACCA